GGCGGGAGCCGGAGUGGACCAGAGGUUGCGGCCGCUGCAGUCGUCCUGGCUGGUGCUGGGGCGGCGGAGCGGCGGGAGAGGGGUGGCGAGGCGGAAGACUGGGAGACCCCCUGAAGGACCAGCGAGACUCGGAGACCACAGACCCGCCUCGGGAGAUCUGGGACUCGGGGCGCGAGCGGAUUUCCUUGCGCUCUCCCGGAGCGCGCGCGGGGGUCGCCCCAUGGCAGGGACUCCGGGCCGCGAUCCAUGGGGGGCCCCUGGCAUUUGUUACCUUCUUGGCUCCCUGCUUGUCGGACUGCUCUUCCCAGGGGCUGUCGCCUUCAAUCUGGACGUGAUGGGCGCCCUGCGCAAGGAGGGCGAGCCAGGGAGCCUCUUUGGCUUCUCUGUGGCUCUGCAUCGGCAGUUGCAGCCCGGACCCCAAAGCUGGCUGCUGGUGGGCGCUCCCCAGGCCCUGGCCCUGCCUGGGCAGCAGGCGAAUCGUACUGGAGGCCUCUUCGCUUGCCCCCUGAGCCUGGAAGAGACUGACUGCUACAGAGUGGACAUCGACCGGGGAGCUGACGUGCAGAAGGAGAGUAAGGAGAACCAGUGGUUGGGAGUCAGUGUUCGGAGCCAGGGACCUGGGGGCAAGAUUGUUACCUGUGCACACCGAUACGAGGCGCGGCAGCGUGUGGACCAGACACUGGAGACGAGGGACGUGAUUGGUCGCUGCUUUGUGCUAAGCCAGGAUCUGGCCCUCCGCGAUGAGCUGGAUGGCGGGGAGUGGAAGUUCUGUGAGGGACGCCCCCAGGGCCACGAGCAAUUUGGGUUCUGCCAGCAGGGCACGGCUGCUGCCUUCUCCCCCGACAGCCACUACCUCCUCUUUGGGGCCCCAGGAACCUAUAACUGGAAGGGCACGGCCAGGGUGGAGCUCUGUGUGCAGGGCUCAGCGGACCUGGCACAUCUGGACGACGGGCCCUACGAGGCGGGGGGUGAGAAGGAGCAGGACCCCCGCCUCAUCCCCGUCCCUGCCAACAGCUACUUUGGUUUCUCCAUCGACUCGGGGAAGAGUCUGGUGCGAGCAGAGGAGCUGAGCUUUGUGGCAGGGGCCCCCCGUGCCAACCACAAGGGUGCUGUGGUCAUUCUGCGCAAAGACAGCGCCAGUCGCCUGGUGCCUGAAGUUAUGCUGUCCGGGGAGCGCCUGACCUCUGGCUUUGGCUACUCGCUGGCGGUGGCUGACCUUAACAAUGACGGCUGGACAGAUCUGGUAGUGGGUGCCCCCUACUUCUUUGAGCGCCAGGAAGAACUGGGGGGUGCCGUGUAUGUGUACAUGAACCAGGGGGGUCACUGGGCUGGGGUCUCCCCUCUCCGGCUCUGCGGCUCUCCUGACUCCAUGUUUGGGAUCAGUCUGGCUGUCCUGGGGGACCUCAACCAAGAUGGCUUCCCAGACCUUGCUGUAGGGGCUCCCUUCGACGGGGAUGGGAAAGUCUUUAUCUACCACGGGAGCAGCCUGGGGCUUGUUGUCAAACCUUCCCAGGUGCUGGAGGGCGAGGCUGUGGGCAUAAGGAGCUUUGGCUACUCUCUGUCGGGCGGCCUGGAUGUGGAUGGGAACCGCUACCCGGACCUGCUGGUGGGCUCCCUGGCCGACGCUGCCGUGCUCUUCAGGGCCAGGCCUGUCCUCCACGUCUCCCACGAGGUCUCUAUUCUUCCAAGAAGCAUUGACCUAGAACAGCCCAACUGCGCCAGUGGCCACUCGGUCUGCAUGGACCUCAGGGUCUGUUUCAGCUACAUUGCAUCGCCCAGCAGCUACAGCCCCGCUGUGGCCCUGGAGUACACGUUAGAUGGGGACACGGACCGGAGGCUCCGGGGACAGGUGCCCCGUGUAACCUUCCUGAGCCGUGGCCCGGAUGACCCCAAGCACCAGGCCUCGGGCACCGUGUGGCUGAAACACCAGCAUGACCGAGUCUGUGGAGACACUAUGCUUCAGCUCCAGGAGAAUGUCAAAGACAAGCUUCGGGCCAUCGUGGUGACUCUGUCCUAUAGUCUCCAGACCCCUCGGCUCCGGCGACAGGCUCCUGCCCAGGGGCUGCCCCCCGUGGCCCCCAUCCUCAAUGCCCACCAGCCCAGCACCCAGCGGACAGAGAUCCACUUUCUGAAGCAAGGCUGUGGUGAAGACAAGGUGUGUCAGAGCAACCUGCAGCUGGUCCACGCCCGGUUCUGCACCCGUGUCAGCGACACGGAGUUUCAGCCUCUGCCCAUGGAUGCGGAUGGGACGACAGCCCUGUUUGCACUGAGUGGGCAGCCAGUCAUCGGCCUGGAGCUGAGGGUCACCAAUCUGCCUUCGGACCCAGCCCAGCCCCAGGCUGAUGGGGAUGACGCCCAUGAAGCCCAGCUCCUGGUCACCCUCCCUGCCUCUCUGCACUAUUCAGGAGUCCGGGCCCUGGACCCUGCGGAGAAGCCGCUGUGCCUGUCCAAUGAGAACGCCUCCCAUGUUGAGUGUGAGCUGGGGAACCCUAUGAAGAGAGGUGCCCAGGUCACCUUCUACCUCAUCCUUAGCACCUCAGGGAUCACCAUUGAGACCACAGAGCUGGAGGUGGAGCUGCUGUUGGCCACGAUCAGCGAGCAGGAGCUGCAGCCGGUCUCUGCCCGAGCCCGUGUCUUCAUCGAGCUGCCGCUGUCCAUCACGGGGGUGGCCAUUCCCCAGCAGCUCUUCUUCUCUGGCGUGGUGCGGGGCGAGAGCGCCAUGCAGUCUGAGCGGGAUGUGGGCAGCAAGGUCAAGUAUGAGGUUACGGUCUCCAACCAAGGCCAGUCACUCAAGACCCUGGGCUCGGCCUUCCUCAACAUCAUGUGGCCCCACGAGAUUGCCAACGGGAAGUGGCUGCUGUACCCCAUGCGGGUGGAGCUGGAGGGCGGGCAGGGGCCGGGGACGAGGGGACUCUGUUCCCCCAGGCCCAACGUCCUCCACCUGGAUGUGGACAGCAGGGACAGGAGGCGGCGGGAGCUGGGGCAGCCGGAGCCACGGGAGCCUCACGAGCAGCCGGAGCCCAGCACGUCCUGGUGGCCAGUGUCCUCUGCUGAGAAGAAGAAAAACGUCACCCUGGACUGCACCCGGGGCACGGCCAGCUGCGUGGUGUUCAGCUGCCCUCUCUACAGCUUUGACCGUGCAGCUGUGCUGCAUGUCUGGGGCCGCCUCUGGAACAGCACCUUCCUGGAGGAGUACUCAGCUGUGAAGUCCCUGGAAGUGAUUGUUCAAGCCAACAUCACCGUGAAGUCCUCCAUCAAGAACUUGCUGCUCAGAGAUGCCUCCACAGUGAUCCCAGUGAUGGUAUACCUGGACCCCGUGGCUGUGGUGGCAGAAGGAGUCCCCUGGUGGGCCAUCCUUCUGGCUGUACUGGCCGGGCUGCUGGUGCUGGCGCUGCUGGUGCUGCUGAUGUGGAAGAUGGGAUUCUUCAAGCGGGCGCGGUACCCCGAAGCCACUGUGCCCCAGUACCACGCGGUGAAGAUCCCACGGGAAGACCGGCAACAGUUCAAGGAAGAGAAGACGGGCACCAUCCUGAGGAAUAACUGGGGCGGCCCCCGGGGCGGGGGGCCCGAUGCACACCCCAUCCUGGCUGCGAAUGGGCACCCGGAGCCGGGCUCCGAUGGGCACCCUGUGCCAGGCACUGCCUAGCCUCCUCCUUCCCAGCCUGGCCCAUGGGUCCCCUGCACCCCUUCCCCAGAGAUGGCUCCUAGGGAUGAAGGGGGCAGGCUGGGUUGCCGGUGUCCCAUCAGGAUGUGGCAGGAUCUGUUUCCUCAGGGGCACAGACCUCUCUCCCCGUGAGGACCACACCCCCCCCCCCAAACCUCCCCUUAGGAUGCUGUGAGAUGAGAGGGGGUAAAUCAGGGAUGGGUGAGGAGGGCAGUGGUGUCCUGAUGCAAAAGUGGGGAGAAGGGACCCUAAUCCUUCCCUCUCCCAUUCACCCUGUAUGAUGAGACCCCGAGGACCUAUCUCCCUGAAAGUGCCUUAAGCCCAGAGGGUGGGGAGGAGGUUAUGUCGCUGACUCAGGGGCUCUUCCCUCCCUGGCUUCCCCUCUCCUCUGACCUUAGUUUGCUGCAUCCAUCAGUGGGUUUUGUCUAUUUAUUAAAAACGAUGUGAGGAC